AAUGAGGAUAGACAGGCUGAGUGAGAGGCUGUAACCUCGGAGAGGGAGCGACAUCAGCGCAAGCAGGCAGUAUGCGACGCGGAUGUUUGUUGUGUGCGCGCAGCGCAGACACCGCCGUGCGUCUUUACGCUCAGAAGCUCCUGAGUCCUGAUCUCACUGCUACUCUCUAAUUUCUUCUCCUCCAGUCUCACCUGAGAAGACACGGCGGAGGACUGCUGGGCUCCUCUGCGCUUUGUGACUCACAGAUGCCCCACUUAACCAUGAAGGAGCGCAGGAGGCAGUAACUAUCCACAGCCAAGCUACCAGAGAGGACCUCGAUCAUCACCAUGAGGACCCUUUGAAACACUGCUCAUCUCCUAAAACAAUACAGGAGAAGACCAGUUAUCUCCUAUUUGUUCAUUUAAUCACCAAAUGGACCGUGUGCCCUUGGGACUGGCCGCUAAAAUGCGCUGGAUUACGCUGGUGCUUGCGGGCUUGACUUUCUGGGGGAAACUUACUAUUUCUAAUUGUUUCGACUACGAGGAGCCCGAAUUCGAUUACUACGAAGAAGAGAAAGUGGAGAGCAUUGACUACAAAGAUCCGUGUAAAGCCGCUGUAUUUUGGGGGGACAUUGCCUUGGACGAGGAGGACCUGCAGAUGUUCCAAAUUGACAGAACAAUAGACCUCAAACAACACACACAUAUGUUUUCAAACUUCAGACUGGGACACAAUUCAGGAGGCCUUGGGGAACAUGAAACUGUGAAAAGAGGGUCUUUAUACCUUCUGCUGGAGAGAAUACGCAGAUUUGGCUUUGACUACAUCCCGAAGAAUGAAAGCAGGGGAGCUGCCAAUACAAAAAGCCAAAUCUGGAAAGGUGGGAAUCCUGGUGAGACUGGAAAGAGCCGUAAUCCUCGAGCAGCCACAUCUAGAGCUGAAAGAAUUUGGCCCGGGGGAGUCAUCCCCUACGUCAUUGGAGGAAACUUCACUGGUAGUCAGAGGGCCAUGUUCAAACAGGCAAUGCGUCACUGGGAGAAGCAGACGUGUGUAACAUUUAUUGAAAAGACAGAUGAGGAAAGCUACAUCGUCUUCACCUACAGACCCUGCGGGUGUUGUUCCUAUGUGGGUCGUCGUGGCAACGGACCCCAGGCCAUCUCCAUAGGGAAGAAUUGUGACAAGUUUGGCAUUGUGGUGCACGAGCUAGGCCACGUCAUUGGCUUCUGGCAUGAACACACACGGCCCGACCGUGACGAUCAUGUGACCAUAAUCCGGGAUAACAUCCAGCCGGGUCAGGAAUAUAACUUCCUCAAGAUGGAGCCGGGGGAAGUGAACUCACUUGGAGAACCAUAUGAUUUUGACAGCAUUAUGCACUACGCCAGGAACACCUUCUCACGUGGGAUGUUCCUGGACACAAUUCUUCCAUCCAGAGAUGAAAAUGGGGUCCGGCCGGCUAUCGGCCAGCGAACCAGACUCAGCAAGGGAGACAUUGCACAGGCAAGGAAGCUGUAUAGAUGUCCAGCUUGUGGAGAAACCCUCCAAGAGUCAACCGGUAACUUCUCGUCCCCCGGUUACCCCAAUGGAUACCCCUCAUACACUCACUGUGUUUGGAGAAUAUCUGUUACUCCUGGAGAAAAGAUUGUUCUCAACUUCACUACUAUGGAUCUGUAUAAAAGCAGCCUAUGCUGGUAUGAUUACAUCGAGGUUCGGGAUGGAUACUGGAGGAAAGCGCCACUGCUCGGCAGGUUUUGUGGAGACAAAAUCCCUGAUGUUUUAAUUUCAGCUGACAGCAGAAUGUGGAUCGAGUUUCGCAGUAGCAGCAACUGGGUGGGCAAAGGCUUUGCUGCUGUCUAUGAAGCGAUCUGUGGAGGGGAAAUCACCAAGGACAGUGGGCAAAUUCAGUCUCCAAACUAUCCUGAUGACUACAGGCCCUCCAAAGAGUGUGUUUGGAGGAUCACUGUGUCUGAGGGAUACAAUGUUGGACUUAGUUUCCAGGCCUUCGAGAUAGAGAGGCACGACAGCUGUGCCUACGACUACCUGGAGGUCCGUGACGGCCCACUUGACACAAGCCCCUUGAUUGGUCGAUUCUGUGGCUACGACAAGCCUGAAGAUGUUCGCUCCACGUCCCACACUCUGUGGAUGAAGUUUGUCUCAGAUGGCACCGUGAACAAGGCUGGUUUUGCUGCCAACUUUUUCAAAGAGGAAGAUGAGUGUGCCAAGCCAGACAAUGGUGGAUGUGAGCAGAGGUGUGUAAACACUCUCGGCAGCUUCAAGUGUGCCUGUGACCCUGGCUAUGAACUGGCUCCUGACAAGAAGAGCUGUGAAGCGGCCUGUGGUGGUCUUCUAUCCAAACUGAAUGGAACCAUCAGCACUCCUGGUUGGCCUAAAGAAUAUCCACCCAACAAGAACUGUGUGUGGCAGGUGGUGGCCCCCACUCAGUACCGCAUUUCCAUGCAGUUUGAAGCUUUCGAGCUGGAGGGCAAUGAGGUUUGUAAAUACGAUUAUGUUGAGGUGCGGAGUGGCCUCUCGUCCGACUCUAAGCUGCAUGGGAAAUACUGUGGCACAGAAGUGCCUGAGGUCAUCACCUCUCAGUACAACAACAUGAGGAUUGAGUUCAAGUCAGACAACACAGUUUCCAAGAAAGGCUUCAAAGCUCACUUCUUCUCAGACAAAGAUGAAUGCAGUAAGGAAAACGGCGGCUGCCAGCACGAGUGCAUCAACACUGUGGGCUCGUAUGUUUGUCAUUGUCGCCACGGCUUUAUCCUGCAUGAGAACAAACAUGACUGUAAAGAAGCUGAGUGCGAGCAUAAGAUCCACAGCCCCAGUGGGACCCUGAGCAGCCCUAACUGGCCUGAUAAGUAUCCCAGCCGUAAGGAGUGCACCUGGGACAUCACUGCCACGCCAGGACACAGAGUCAAGAUAGCCUUCAGCGAAUUUGAGAUUGAGCAGCAUCAAGAAUGUGCUUAUGACCACCUAGAGGCCUUUGAUGGGGAGAGUGAUGCAGCAGCCAUCCUGGGACGUCUGUGUGGCAACAAGAUCCCUGAGCCCCUGGUCUCCACUGGGAACAAGAUGUACUUGCGCUUCAUAUCCGAUGCCUCGGUGCAACGGAAGGGAUUUCAAGCCACACAUUCCACAGAGUGCGGAGGUCGUCUGAAGGCAGAAGCUCGUCAGAAAAACCUUUACUCCCACUCCCAGUUUGGAGACAACAAUUACCCAGGUCACACAGACUGCGAGUGGCUGCUGACCACCGAACAGGGUUAUGGCAUCGAGCUCAGCUUUAUAACUUUUGAGGUGGAGGAGGAAGCUGACUGCGGUUAUGAUUACAUUGAGCUGUACAACGGAUUUGAUUCCAAUUCACACCGGUUGGGGCGCUUCUGUGGUUCAGGGCCCAGAGAGGGGAUUUAUUCCCCAGGAGACGCCAUGCUGAUCCGGUUCCACAGCGAUGACACAAUCAGCAAGAAGGGCUUCCACAUCCGAUACACAAGCAGCAAGUUCCAGGAGAACCUUCACACCAGGAAAUGACUCUACAUUCAGCCUGCGACCUCUGCAGCAUGAAAACUAGAAAAAUUCUAUUUCCUCCAUCAUCUUUGACCGACCGACGAACGAGGACGUCGACCAGCCACGAGAGGGGACAGCUGUUGGUGCAAAUACUUGUUUACAAAAGAAUGACCAAACUUUCAGAUGAAGCUGAAAUUAAAGCGAGUCUUCAAGGAACCAUUUGAAGUCUAGAAAAAGGCAGGAUAUCUACAUUUGUAUGGGAUGUUAUUCAUGGACGUAGAAACGCAAAGAAACCAGCUAAAGGACAUCCUGGCUUAUAUCUUCAAUAAAAAAAAAUCAGUGUUUAGCGAGUGAAGAACAGAAUCAAUCAGGAGUUCUGUGCUACUCCUUGAUCUGUGCAAUUUACUGUCACCAGAUGGCUGCUUACAUCCACAGUAACUCAGACUUCUGACAGAUGUUUUAUUUGCCUUGGAUGGCUGAGAACUGGCCUUUUCAGUCCAGCUUUGAACGGCUGCAGACAAUUUUGUUUCAGUGUAUUGUUAAACCCAAUGUGUUUACCGUGUGGGUGUGCGAGAGUUUGUAGAGUAAAGGACUGAAAUUUGUCCAUUCACCCUUGGUUGCUUAAAGCUCAUGCAGACAAUUGUGGAAUGGAACAAAAAAAAAGAAAUAAUUUUUUUAUAAUCUGUAACAGUGAUGUUAAGCCUUGCUUUAUGUUAUGCAUUUGAGUUCCAUACCCCCCUGUGUGUGUGUAUAUGCAUGUGUGU